AUGAGCAAUUUGAAAACCCUAUGCAAACCUCACACAGUGUUCUCCUUUAUCAAUUGUAGACACCAAUUUCGAUUCAAAGCUUCGUUAUGGAACCCUAAUUCCAAACCCCUUUUGCAAUCUCCUUGGUUGUAUUCCUCAUGGCUUGUUACUUCGGGUUCAAGCAGACCCAUGCCACGGUUUCGGCUGAAUCAGAAGAGAACUGUGGCAAAGGCAACUAAUUGGGAUCAACAAAAGACCCCGUAUGAAACUCUUGAAUUGGAAGGAGAUGAGGACGACGAGAAGAUAAAGGUUGCGUAUAGACGACUGGCCAAAUUUUAUCAUCCAGAUGUCUAUGAUGGAAGAGGAACACUUGAGGAAGGUGAAACAGCAGAAGCUAGGUUCAUCAAGAUUCAAGCUGCUUAUGAAUUGCUUAUAGAUGCAGAGAGACGAAAACAAUAUGACAUGGAUAACCGGGACAACCCUAUUAAGGCAUCUCAAGCAUGGACGGAGUGGCUUAUGAAAAAACGAAAAGCUUUUAAUCAGCGGGGUGAUAUGGCAAUUGCUGCUUGGGCCGAGCAGCAACAGCGCGAGUUGAAUGUUCGUGUACGUCAACUUUCUCGCUCAAAGGUUGAUCCAGAAGAAACAAGGAAGAUUUUAGCAAGAGAAAAGAAGGCUUCAGCUGAACAUUUCAGCAGUACUCUUAAAAGGCAGACACUUGUACUGAAGAAGAGAGAUCUAAUGCGAAAAAAGGCCGAUGAAGAAAUGAAGAAGACUAUCAGCCAGCUCUUAGCUGCAGAAGGUCUUGAGCUUGAUGACAGUGACGAGGAAUCGUAG